AUGUUUCCGUUGUCAAUUGGAGAAUCCUCAACGAAUUCACGUUCAUUUGCAGAGAUGAGUGUCGAUUUGAAGCAACAUUUGGACCUCGCCGAUUACCUCGGAGUUCUCGCCGUUUGGUGCAUCUUCUUCUCCAUUCUCUUCGUUCUCUCCGUCAUCUUCAACUUCGUUUGCAUUAAGAAGGACGACGACAUUACCGCUCUCGAAAGAUGGGGAUACAAUAGGAACAUCGGAAUGAAGCUCGGCCCACACAGACGCUCCAUGGUUGCUCGCCAAGUCCCACAGACUAUCAUCGAAUAA